AAAAAUGGUAUUGGAGAAGACUAAAACAGAAUGGAAGCCAACAAUCAAAGAAAUAAAAGGUCAAACGCAAGACUUUCAAAAGGAUCUGCCGCAUGUGAAACAAUGGAUUCAAGUAUAGUUCCUAAGGAAACCAAUGAGUGCACCGAUGUUGCAGCCUUGGCCAUAUCUCCCACGCCCGAGGGACGACCUAAUCCUCCAGCCAUUAUACCCGUAUCCGAGUGUAGACGAAGCUCAAGAAAAAAGAUAAUUAAAUUCGAUGUAAGAGAUUUGCUGAAUAAGAAUCGUAAGCCCCACAAAAUUCAAAUAGAGGCGAGAAUCGAUUCAAAUGUUCCAUCGACUUCGAAGACUAGUGCAGGUCCGGCGAAUACAACGGGUGUGGAAGCCAACAGUAAUGCAGGUUCGUUGUCCACGGGUGCGGUGGCACCAGCAGAUCUAUCAUCGAAACAAAAAACAUUUAUGGAAAAGUCGGCUAUUUUUAGACGCUAUUCAAUAUCACAAGAACAAACAAAACCUCCACCGCCACCCAUACCACCCAUGCCGCCAGCAAUGUUGAAUAAAACCGUGGGUGAUAAAGACGCCGCCAGUGCAAUUUUGAAACCUAAACAUACGGCUAGUUUAAUUGUGGCCCAAAUGGAGAGUAAUGUACGUAAAUCUGCUGCAGUUGAUGCCAAACGAAAAACGGCAGCAGUCACUGGUAAUAAAACAAGUGAAUGUGAGCCGAAAGUAUUGGACACAACGCUAGUCCAACAACAGCAGCAGCAAAAGCGCCGAGGAAGGCCGCCCAAAUCACGUCAUCAAGAGGAAGGGGAUGAGGCGGGCAAAGAAACUAAGGAGGUGUCUAAGAAAUUAACUCCUGAAAAGUCCACAAAUUGCAAGGAAGGGGAUGAAGCGGCUGAAGAAACUAUGGAGGUGUCUAAGAAGUUAACUCCUGAAAAGGCCACCAAUUGGAAGGAAUAUAAAGCCUGUUUGGCACAGCAGUCCGAUGGUGUUGGAAGUGUGGAUGAUGAUGAUGACGAUAAGGUAAAAAGCAGCUCCAUAUCGGAAGAAUCAAUGUGUCCCACUGAAAUUACCAAUGAACGAUUAGAAAGUGGAAAUGAUGAAACUUCGUCAAGUAUGGACCCAUCCACAGCAUCAAAAGAAAUUGUAAUUGCCAUGAAUGAAAGUAUCGCUGAAAAUCGAAUGUCUUCUAUUGAAGUUGAGGAUGAGCGAGUUUCAAUAUCACCAAAAAGCUUGAACGAAGACAGCGUUGAAAACGAAAGCAGAAAAAUAAAUCGUGAAAUAAGUCUAACCGAAUCAGAUAAAUCUGAUCAAUCUUCAGAAAAACCUUCCUCAGCCAAGAGAUCCCAACGUUUGCAACGUAAAAGUAAACGUGGCUCCAUUGCGACUGUUAAGAAAGACUUUAGUGAUUCUUCUGAAAAUUCUUCAAGAGAAUCCAAAGAAAAACCAGCUACUGAAACAGAACCGAGAAAAGAAAUCGGGGGAGGAAGCGAGAUUAACCAAAAGCUAGCAGAUAGUCAUUUGAAAAAAGAAGAACAAAUGGUGGAAAUUCCGGUAGGGAAUGAAACAUUUAACAUUGUAGAAAUAGAAGUCGUAGAAACUUCUAAGUCCCCUCUGGAAGAGAUGCCCAAAGAAGUUGUGGAAAAGUAUACUCUAGAAGCAGAAGUAUCAGAGAAAACUGAGGCACAGCAACAUUUAGAUGCACCUUUAAAAGAUAAAUCAUCAACUGACAGCCAAAAUUCAGAUGGUCAAACCCCUGGAAGUGAAAUUACUUCUAAAGACUUGACUCCUUCAUCGAAGGAAAACCGAGAUGCUGAUGAUGGAAACCAAGAAGAAACCUCCACUGCGGACACGGCAACGAUUGCCAAAUCGGCAGGGAGAAAUAAAACAAAAUUGCCGACUACCAAAAGAAAAUCCCUAAGAAAUCGCAAUCAAGAUAAGAAUUUGGAGGAAAGCGGAACUGUGGAAAAUAAGGCCAAUGAAAAUAUGGAUAAUAAUGAUAAGGUCAAUGAAAUUUCGACCACAAAAGAUAGACAAGCAACUGAUAUUGAGGGCCAAGAUCAAUCAACUAAAUCUGAGGUUAGACUUCAGCAAAAAGAACUGCAAUUGGAUAAGAGUUCAAGCGGAGUCAGCCAAGAAGAAUCCAGUGCUACUGACAUUAAAGAGGAUUUGAAAAAAGAUGAACCAGUAGCUGUCACUUCCACCGUUGAGACCAACAAAGAGGAGGAGCAAAAGACGGACAUUCCUAAUCUAGGCAAAAGAAAAUCUCUGCGUAAACAGGCAAAGGAAUCUUCACCCGACCAUAUCGUGGUUUCAGAAACAGAUAAUAGUCAUAUAUUGAAGUCUGAGUCCUCCAGCAUGCAAGAGGUAUCGGCAGAAAUACCAAAGAGAAAACCACGAAAAUCUCGCUUCAGAAAUUUACAUGGACCUGAAGAAACGACUGAAACAUGUGGAGAAAAGUCUGAUAAUCUUUUGAAGGAUAUUCCAACACAAGUCAUGGAUGUUGAUGUCAAUAAGAACGAGGAUACAGCAACGAGUUCCUUGGCUGAAGAAGAUGUGAUUUUAGAGCAAAGAGCAAGAGAACAGUCAAGUCCUUUAGGAAAGGAGAUUUUAAAUGCCACAAAUGAAACUGAAAAUGUUUUGCCUAAGGAACAGAAAGACUCAUCUCAAAUUGUAGAUGUGAUUGAAGAUCAAAAUCCCACGAUCAAAAGCAAAGACGAGGAACAGGUCAGCGAUAAAAGCGUAGAUGUUUUAGAGACACAAACAAAAUUGUCACAAGAUGAACUACUUCAACCAACAUGUUCCAAAUCCUUACCAGUACAACAACCAAUGGAAAACAAACCUUCUUCUGAUAAAACUCAUCAAGAAUUGGAAAUACCAGCAAAUGUCGAAAUGCAAACCCCAAAGGAAUUACAACAGAAAUACGAUAUUCAAAAUGUUAGCAUAGAAACAAAUACCUUGCUGGAUAUUCUGCGUGCUGUCCAGUCUAACAAAGCAGCAGCAAUCGGAGGAGCUUCAAAUGUAGACAACGUUCCGGUACAAUUGUCUUCUGAUACAAAACAGCAGCCGCCUUCAAAUUCCUUCCCAUCGUUAGAAACUAGUGAAGUCGAGGCACCAAAGGGUAGAAAACAACAUUCCCCUUCAAAUACCUCCCAAUCAUUGGAACCACCAUUGUAUGAAGUCGUACCAUCUAAGGCAGAGCCAGCCGUAUCAGAAAACUCUCCUUCCUCUGUAACGGUGCCGGAAAACAAAUCAGAAAAUCUCUCAGAUAAGCAAGUUGUAUCUGAGCAUCACGUGUCACCCGUAUUGGAAAAGUCCAUACUUGAGGCAGUGCAGGGAGAAAACGAAAUAACAAGUAAGGAAUCUCAAAAGGAUGAAAAGUCUCCAUCUUCAGCAGAUGCCCUGGAGGAAAAUGCUGCACAUAAGGAGCUUGAGGAAGGCAAUUUAUCAAAGUCUGGAAAAUUAUCCCCAGCCACAACUUUGGAAGAGCAAGAAGCAAAACUAUCUGAGCCUGCCAUAUUGCCUCCAAUCGCAACUGCUUCUAGUCCUCAGAACGAAGACAAUAGUCAUGCUCAAAAGGCCCCAAAAAUCUCCAAUUCCAAUUCGAAUUCACCCAAUCGUUCGAAUACAUCUUCACCGUUGACACAUAAACGGCAUCGUAACUCACCCAGUCGUUCAGAGACAUCCUCACCAUCGACUCUGAGGAAAAUUAAUAUUUCGCCAACAUCACGUUCCGAUACUUCCUCGCCAUUGACAUUCAACAAAAAGAUCACUCGACGUUAUGAAAGACGCAGUCGACGUGGAGAUGAUGAUGAGACAAAACAUAAGACGCUUGAGGAGACUUUUGCCGAAAUUGCUGCCCUUAGCUCCAAAGCGGUGUUGGUGCAAAUAAAGGGCUCUGAUGACAAUGAUGGUGCGCCCAUUGAAUCGGAAAUAUUUGAAGGCGAGCAAAAUUCCCAGCAGGCCAUUCUUGGCAUUGAGUCGCAGCUGGUGGUGGCGGAAUCUUCAAGGAAAUCGAAAUCAUCAUUACGUUCUCCAAAAUCCAAGGAAAUAUCAAAUGAACCGGAACUAACAACACAAAAUGCUGAAAUGGAAAUAGAACUAUCCGAGGCAAGCGCCAAGAGUCUAGGGGAGGAUAAUGUCUCCAAUACAGGCAACAAAGAAGUCUCUUCUAAAGAAAGUACAUCAAGAAAAUCGAAAUCAUUGGGACGUUCAUCAAAAGCCAAGGAACAAACUCCCCAAUCUGCUGAAAUUGAGAAUAGCCCUCCGGGUCCAAUAACCAAGAGUCUAGGGGCAAAUGAUGUUCCCAAUACUAGCUCCAACGAAUCGUCUUCAAAGGAAAAUUUGGACCUUGAAUUGAAACAGGUUUCCGGAGGCCUUGAAUCAGCAGAAAAUAUUGUGGCCACUGAAAUGUCUUUGGAUGAUGAAAACAUAUCCAGAGCAUCCACAACACCAACACGAAAGUCCAAACAAACAAAAUCGCGUUCUUCAAAAACCCAAUCGCCUGUAAGUGCCGAGGCAGGUGCCAAAAAGGCCAAGGAACGAAAUUCAAAAACUGAGCGCUCUUCAAAGACACCCUCACCACAGACAACAACCACGCUGGAGGUGGUGGUAGAGGAGAAAAAAGGCAACGGACAAAAGUCGAAAACAAAUGAAAUUGAUCCAGGAAACUCUUCUCAAGACAAUGCUAUUUCGGGUGAACAGCAAGGAGCUUCUAGUACUUCUAGAGCUUCUCUAACAAAUAUUCCCUCGUUGGAGAAAAAUCUCAAUCUUAACGAGUUGGCUGCAGAAAAUUUACCCAGGGACAAGGAAAACAGAGAAGGGGAGAUAAUUACAGAAGAAAUCCCAAAAUCUACUCCAGAACUCUCUAAACUACCACCAGAGAAUGAGGAGAUCCCAAGCCAGUCAAGCCAUAAACAAUCUCCAGGUGGCAAACAAAAUAAGAAAUCGAAUGGUAGAAAAAAUAAAAAUAUUGAUAAUACCGAGGUAUUGUCCACUGCCAACAGUGAUGAGGCAAAGCCGAACACCACCAAUACCCCAAAAAGGGGUAGAAGAUCAAAAUCGGCCAAUGAAAAGCAACAGGAAACACCGAAAAAACCAACUGAUUCCAUGGCAAUGAAAGAGAAAGAUAAUGAUACGGAAGCUGAUGAUAAAAGAAAUGCAAACGAUGAUUGUGAGAACAAGGUGGUGGGGGAGGAGGAGGAGGAAGCGGAGACAUCAACACCAAUUGAUGAAAAAAUGGCGAAAAAGAAAAGGCAAAAGAAAUUGAAAGAAGCUUUUGAGGCCGCACUGAAUGAUAAACCUCUCACAGAGACUGCAGCUGUUGUUGAGACCCUAACACCAUCGGCCUCUCCCACAUUUGGUUUUGCUUUGGCCAAACCAAAUCAAAAUGAAAACACAAACAUUACCGUUAAUCCAGCUGUAACGGAAACCGACGAUGAUCCGCCCGAUCCGUUGAAAGAUAUUGAAAAAUUCAUUGAAGAUGGUGUGAAUUUGUUGAAGAAGGGUUACAAACUGGAUGAGGACAGUGUGGAUAAUGUUAUUGUGACACCAUCGAAAUCCAAAGCAGAUGAGGAAAAAAUUGAAAAAGUCAUAGAAAAAGAAGUAGAAAACGAGAAAAAACCGGAAAGUCCCAUAACGUUCAAUACUUUUGAAACCCCGGCCGAUACACCCUUGGCUACACCCUGUGUAACACCUCCGCCAUCAAAUAAGAGUCCUGAAACCAGCCUCAUGGUGUCGACCAGUGCCAUGGAAGAUGAUCAAAAUUCCUCGGGUGGUGGCGUCAGAAGAUCACAUCGCCUGAAGCUGACCAAAACAACCAAAGCCCUGGUGGGACGUGGCUUGGUGCGCGACAAAGAACGUUUCUCCAUUAAGGAUGAUGUGGAGACCAAGAGCCACUAUACCCUGGAUGAUCAUUUGCUGGAUUUGGCUGAAGUCGAGGCCAAGAAUGCCAAAUUCCUGAAAGAAAUGGAAGAGAGGCUGAGCAAUUUCCAGGUCAUCAAGGAAAACGAAUACAAAUGUGAAAGGGUAAUAAGUCGCGAGGCGAGAAAGAUGAUUUGCGACUGCUUCCUCACCCCCGAGGAAGAGGAGAGGGGAGAGUUGGCCUGUGGCGAGGAUUGUCUGAAUCGUUUGCUCAUGAUUGAGUGCGGCAAUGAGUGCAAUGUCAAGGAUCGUUGUACCAAUAAACGUUUCCAGAAAUACCUUUGCUCUCCCUGUCGGGUAUUUCGUACGGAAAAGAAGGGCUUUGGCAUUAUGGCGGACAUUGAAAUCCUGCCGGGCGAAUUUAUAAUGGAAUAUGUGGGUGAAGUCAUUGACACGGAGGAAUUUGAAAGACGUCGCAUUUUAUAUUCCCAGGAAAAGAAUCGCCACUACUACUUCAUGGCUUUGCGCAGCGAUGCCAUCAUUGAUGCCACCAUCAAGGGCAACAUAUCACGUUUCAUCAAUCACUCCUGUGAUCCCAAUGCCGAGACCCAAAAGUGGACGGUAAAUGGUGAGCUGAGAAUUGGCUUUUUCAGUCGCAAAUCCAUUAUGCCCGGCGAGGAGAUAACCUUUGAUUAUCAGUAUCAACGUUAUGGCCGGGAAGCUCAACGUUGUUAUUGCGAAUCGGCCAAUUGUCGCGGUUGGAUUGGCCAAGAACCAAAUUCCGAUGAGGGUGAGCAAAUCGAUGACGAGGAAGAGGAUGAAGAUGAGAGUGACGAGGAAGAGGAGGAUGAAGAGGAGCGUGCCCGCAAUCUCUUGGAAGACGAUGAAGAGGAUAGUGACGCGAGUGAGGUCUUCAAUCCCGAGGAGGUACAAAAGAAACUGGAAAUGGCUGCAGCCCAAUCAGAGUUGGAAUUGGCCCCCAUAACGCUGGAUGGAAAGGCGGCACAUCAAAAACACCUCUCUUCACAGGUGACCAAGGACAGCAAGGAACAAGGCGCUACACCCCCUAAGUCAUCUGGCGAGGAAGAAGACUCAAAGAGUAAAUUUAAAAAGCUACUCUCCAAAAUGGCUGAAAAGGUGGCGGCCAAAAAUAAACAAAACAAAAGAGAACAGAAGUUGCAGAGAAGGAAAAAGAGAACCAAGGACUCCUCGUCUGCCACUCUGGAAAAGCCUAACAAACAACGAUCUCUGGAAGAUCCAGACAUUGAGGAUGAGGUACAAUUCCUAAGUCGUUGUGGCCUCAAAACGCAGGCGGACACAUUGCGUUUGUCGCGUCUCAUGGUCAGGGCUAAACUGGUGCAAACCCGGCUACAUCUUUUGGACAUCCUGAGGAAAGGAGAAUUGCCCUGUCGCAGAUUAUUCCUGGACUAUCACGGGUUGCGUUUACUGCAUGGCUGGAUGAGCGAGGAUGCGGGAAAUAUGCAAAUCCGUUUGGCCUUAUUGCAAACCUUGGAACUUCUCCCAAUUGCCAAUAAGACUGUGCUAACCGACAGCAAAGUCAUGCAGGGGGUAAGGAAUUGGUGUGGCCCCAAUAGCAAUCUGUCGCCCAAUGACGACUCCCAGGGCAGCAAUUCCCAAGAUGGCACCAACACUCAAGCCCAAAGCAACACUGAGGCGGCUGACUCCGAUGAUUUGCAAAAACUGGCACAAAAGCUGUUGAGUUCGUGGGAAAGUCUGCCGGAAAUAUUCCGUAUACCCAAGAAGGAGCGAAUCGAACAAAUGAAGGAACACGAAAGGGAAGCAGAUCGCCAGUAUGCCGAAACCGAGGGCCAGAAUCGCAAUGAUCAUGAAAGCGACCAGUAUCGUAAUGAUCGGUUCGGUCGACGUUUUGCCACAGCUUCACGCUUUGGAAGGCCACACAACGUGAAAUCCAUGCAGCAACAACAGCAACAGCAAAACAAUGGAGGAGGAGGAGGUAAUAAUGCCUCACGACCUUCCAACAUUCUUGGCGGCGAGAAUGCCAACACCAAAAAUCUUUCAAAAACCCAACGUCGAGAAAUGUUUGCCGCCAAAGUGGCCCGGGAUGAGGCGGAAAAACGCAUGGCCGAGGAGCGAAGAGAAUUCGAAACCAAGUGUCGUUUCUUUGGAUUGGAUCCGAAAAAAACCCGACCCCAAGAGGUGCCGUUCUGUGUAAACCCAGCAACAGGGCAAUGGUUUUCUGUCGAACGUAAACCCAUUAAUACCCCGCCAAGUUAUGCCCAUGUCCAAGUUCCACUGAAACCCAAAUCAACCAAUCCCGAAGAUUAUCAAUUGCCGGGGGUGUGCAGCACUUUGCCGCCGGAAUGGAAAUAUGCCAUAACACCAUUGGGUCAAAUCUACUAUUAUCAUGUACAAUAUCGUAUACCGCAAUGGGAGCCUCCCAGUCCGGCUCAAUUACAGCACUCGCAAAGGCAUGCCGAUGACAAUGACUCGGGUAAUGAGCUAUCAUCGACGACGGCCAACGACAGUACCGAUGAUGAUGAUGAAAUACUAAUUGGCAUGACUUCGGAGCAGCUGAAGGCCUAUAUAGAUCGUAAGGUGGAGCUAAGGCGGCAGAAGCGUUAUCAACGUUUGGUCGACGAGAGAUCGAUAAGUCCACGCCGGGAAGAGGAUCGCAUCUACAAUCAGCUGGAAGUUCGUAAGUAUAAGGAAAACAAGGAAAAAAUACGAAAACGUAAAGAAGAAAUUCGUCGAAAACGAGCCGAAGCUUUGCGGCAAUCAUCGCUGAAUAUGUGCACGCUGGGUAGUUUGGCAUCAGAAGGUGGUUUGGCAUCGGCGUCGUCAUCGUCAGUCAAAAGUGAAAACGAAGAAGAUAGCGGUGUUAUACCCAUUCAAGAUUAUCUACUCUCAUCGGAUGAGGAUGAUGACCUCAAAUCGGAAAUUAAUAGCCCUCUCAUCGACAAAAUCGUUGAGGGUGAUAAAAUUGUCGAUGAACUGGAUGCCUUGACAACGAAACGCCAAUUGAAACGACCCCUGCCAUCGCAUCGUGAUUUUAACGACCAAUGGAGUAGUAGUUCGAGUUCAGUGGCGGCGGCAGCAGCCCUUGCCGAUCGACAGGAGUACAAAAAACGUAAAAUGGAAAAGAAAGAUAAAAGAAAACCCAAGGAACAAGAUGCUAAAUAUCGCCGAAAUAAGGAAAAGUUUCGCUGUGAAAUUGCUGGCAUUAUUGUGCAUCAUCUAAAACCAUAUCGUCGGGAUAAUUGCACUGUGGGCCGUAUAACCUCCAAUGAAGAUUUUAAUCAUUUAGCACGCAAGCUAACCCAUUUUGUGAUGAUCAAAGAAUUGAAAUAUUGUGAGUCGGUGGGUCAAACCCUGGUCGUCACGGAAUCUGUUAAAAAUAAAUCACGCGAGUUCAUUAAGAAAUAUAUGGCAAAAUAUGGUGAAGUAUAUGUUAAGCCAGCCAAUGAUCCGGAAUUUAAGGAUAUACCUUUUACCCUGUAGACCAUUUAAAGCAUGUUGUUUUUAAGAAUAUUUCCCCUCACAAGGCAGGAGUUGUUAGACAUUUUUUGGAUAAUUUUUGUUUUAAAUUUUUUUCUUCUUCAUUUCGAUAGAUCAAAAAAAAAUAGAUAUUUUCAAAGUUUUUUUUUUUUUGUUUCUCUUUUCCCAUUGCAAACAUCAAGAAUUUCCCACUAUUUAGGAAUAUAAAGUUUAAGCUUAAGAAAUAUUGAAAUUUUUAAAAUAAAACGCAUUAGAUGUUUUCCCAGAAA